AUCAAUAAUUUUCUGGACCGUGCUAUUUUAAACAGGAAUACCAGUUUAUAUGAUUAAAUCACAUUGGUAUACUACCUGUCUUGGCCAAAGAAAAAAAGAAAUUUCAAUUUUAUCUUCAUCUUCUUCGAGGAUUGAGUGAUUAAAAGAGGAUGCAUUCUUUUGGUUACAGAGCCAAUGCUCUGCUCACAUUCGCCGUGACGAUUCUGGCUUUCAUUUGUGCGAUUGCUUCCUUCUCUGAUAACUUCAGUAACCAAACUCCCUCUGCUCAGAUCCAGAUAUUAAAUAUCAAUUGGUUUCAGAAGCAACCCCAUGGAAAUGAUGAGGUCAGCUUGACACUGAACGUAACAGCAGACUUGCAGUCACUAUUUACUUGGAACACAAAGCAGGUAUUUGCUUUUGUAGCAGCAGAGUAUGAAACCUCGAAGAAUGCCCUGAACCAGGUGUCUUUAUGGGAUGCCAUAAUACCCGAGAAAGAGCAUGCCAAGUUCUGGAUACAAAUUUCAAACAAGUACCGUUUCAUAGAUCAGGGACACAACCUCCGAGGGAAGGACUUCAACUUGACACUGCACUGGCAUGUCAUGCCCAAGACGGGAAAGAUGUUUGCUGACAAAAUAGUUAUGUCUGGUUAUCGGUUACCCAACGCGUACAGAUGAUGAUGAAGAGCCUCCUGCAUCAUCUAAGGUUAACAAAAAUCUCCUACACUAGGGAAGAAAAGAGUUCUGUUUCAGGUGUUCAGUUAGACUUGCUGAUCUAUAUACUGUCAUGAAGUUGAGAACAUUGUUUUGGAUUGUAUUAUGAGCCAACAAUUUAUGAGAUUAUCCUUUUGCACUUCA